AUGAGCUUCUCAUCCCAGAGCCUGGCAGGGGCAUCCAGCAUCUUUGCAUUCUUCUUUUCUGAGAAAUUCGUGAGUCAGCACUUCCAGGAUGUGGAGUUAGACCAAGGCGAUCCUCAGCCUGGAGACCUCUAUGUGUUCCAAUUGCAGUCUUCUAAGACACAGCGGUGUGGAGCCCAUGUGGGUGUUUACUGUGGCCGAGGAGAGAUCAUACACUUAGAGAGCAUGACCUCCAGUGGUAGUGGACUACAAAUGCUUCUGGAACACUGUGAAAGUGUGGUACACAAAGAGGGUCUCUAUUCAAUGAUGCACACCCGAAAGCUCUUGAGAGUGCUUCGAAAACGUGAUGGCAUUGACCCUAAGGUGCUGGAUCAACGUGUGCACACAGCUAUGAACAGUGUUCCUCCUCGCUAUCAUCCUAUUAGCAGCAACUGUGUGCACUUUGCACUGAACCUGUUGGGCAUGGACUCAGCAAGGUUCCCAUAA